AUUUCUCAUUGUUUUUAGGUUGAAGCCAAACCUACAGUUUAUCCAUUGGAACCAGGAAGGCUGGAAGACUGGUUUAUGUUCUGUAGCCCCAGUAGGACAGCCGUAUUCACUCCUAACUCUCGCUAACAACACGUGUGUUCACCAUACCUUCAACGACCUCAAGGACAGAUUCGUCAAACUCUACAAACGCAAGGCCCAUAUACACCAUUAUACACAUGUAGAUGGUAUGGAGUUAUCUGAUUUUUCUGACAGCCUAGAAUGUCUCAACUCUAUCAUCACCGAAUACACAGACUUAGAGAGACAGCUCAGUAAUCCACCACCCACGGAACCAAGGUUACAGGUCAUGACCUAGCUGGCCCCAAGUAGAAAAGGUCAAAUACCAAAACCUAGGU